CCUCCGCUGGGGUGGGAGGAUCCGCAGGGCCACCAGGGGGCAGGCAGCGGCUGCAGCGCCCAGAGCCCGCAGCAUGGCGGUCCCGCGGGUUCUGCUGCUUCGGUUGCCGGGAGUGUAUGCGGGCUCCUGGGCGCCAGGUCUGGGCUCGGGCCGUGGCCCAUGCACUGCAGCCUGAAGUGCGGGCAGCGCCGCUGCCGAGCAGCUUCCGCUCCAGGCUCUGCCUCUCUGCCCUUUCUUAAGCCCUACCCCCCACCCCCGCGGCUCCGCCAACGACCCCCUUUCUGCCCCUUCGUGGCCCUUGACCAGAAGCAGAGGCCCCUAGCAGCCUAGCUGCCCACCAACCGAGGUGUGGACCUGGGUGUGGCUGUCAUUCUGCAGUCCAGCGACCACAUUCUAAGAGCACGCACUCUCAGAAAUUUCCCCAAUUUCUGGGUACCUCCAGGUAGACAUGUAGAAGCUGAUGAAGAGCUGUUGGACACAGGACUUUAAGAGCUUUGGAAAGAGACUGGAUUACAGCUGCCCCAAGGCCUGUUCUCUUGGGUCCCUCUGGGGUUAUGGGAGUUGGCAUAUCCUCCACAGUUGAGUUGGGGUCUCCCCAAGUACCACCACAUUAUUCUCUAUCUACUUGUGAUAUCCCAGGAGUCCCAGCAGCAGCUGCAGGCCCAGAUUCAACAAAACCCAAGUGAGGUGGGGGCUUGGCUUGGACCAGAUAUAGCUGCUGUGGCGGCAGCAGAGAAUGGGCCAGAGACACCCAGACCUGUCCCCCAGGACCUGCCACCCUCUGUCCUUGCCGUGGAACUAUAGGAGGGGGGAGCAGUGCAAUCUCUGGCCUUGCCUAUGUCCACCCUGCUGCGGACCACCCCAGCCACAGCAGAAUGCAGAGAGAAUCAGCACCUGACCGAGUCUGCCUUGGUUCAGCUAGGGUCCUGGCUGCAACAUCAGGGCAGGUAG